AUCAGCGCUUUGCAUAGCUUUGAGUGCGCUGCCGAUUUCCGUCGGCAUGGCCACCUGCGUGCGUGCCGCGCUUGUAUGCUGGGGCCUUUGCCUCCUUAUUCAGGUGCCAGUGCAUCUAUUUUGUGGCGGGAAUUCUAGCUUUCGCAGCCUCAGGAGCUCGCGGGCUGCUGUAGUGACCUUCGACUUGGACGAUACCUUGUGGCCUGUUGUCGAGGUGGUUGAAGAGGCGAAUCAGCAGAUCGCAAGGGCGUAUGACCUGCCAGCGGACCAGGUAAUGGGCGCUAUGCGGCGCCUGCGCCGUGAACCGGUUGGCGAGAGCGCAAGCUACACGAGCCUUCGCUGCAUGGCCUACGCGGAGUUGCUGGGUGGCGACGAGGCCACCGCAGAAGAGAUUGUCAAAGCGUGGGUGGCUGCUCGCAACCGGGCUGGAGCUCUGCACCUCUACCCCGACGUGGUGCCAUGCUUGGAGGGGCUGGCUUCAUCUGGAGCCAUGGUUGGAGCUAUCACCAACGGUGCUGGCAAUCCGAGCGAUAUCCCGCCUUUGGCCGACUUUUUUCAUUUCUGUGUCUCUGCAGAGGAGGAUACAAUUUUCCCACACCGCAAGCCUUCUCCGGUGAUUUUCGAGGAGGCGCUUGCCCGUGCUCGCGCACUUGGCUGGAGUGGCAAGACAGAGUGGUGGCAUGUGGGCGACGACCUUGCCACAGAUGUGGCAGCUGCUUCCCGUGUGGGCAUGAGGACGGUGCAUGUGGACCGCCCCGGCCAGACGGAGAACCGCUUCAGCGUCAGCUCCAAAGAGGAGCUCGCAGCGCGACAGGCCGGGGCAGAUUCAGAGCCCGACUUGCAGGUCUCCACCCUCAAAGGGCUUGCGGAGAGGAUUGCGAGCUAAG